AUGUACGCCUUCUACUCGCUGCUCAUCUACAUCUUCUACAGCCUCUUCCGUAGGGAUGGCGGGGCCGCGACGGCCGCCGACGCUGGAAACCCGGCCCAGAGCGCCCGCUGUAAGCCCGGGAGUCGCCGCCGCGCCGACCAGCCAACCGCAGAGCUGUGGACAGAGCUGACCGGCCUGGUCGGCUCUUCGGAGGCCGAGGAUGGGUCGGGAGGGGGAGCCGAGCGCUGUCCGGCGGAGGUCUCCCUGGAAGAGGCUCUCGUGCGUCUUGCCGAGUUCCUGUCAGUCCAGCUGGGGGCGGAAGAGAGCUUUGGGACUCCUCCCGACCUGAGCAAGCCCGGUGAUGUUCCCCCACUGUUAACGGUGACUGGUCAAUUCUUGGCUCUCCUGGCAUGGAUUCGAAGUCCCAGGGGCAGGCAGGCCCUGUCCCAGGGGAUGCAGCCUGUCUCAGGGGUGCAGCACCCUCCUCCUGCUGGAUCCCCAUUGCAAGAAGAAAGCCCUUCCCUUUCACCAAGGGGGGAGGCCCAGGGGCAGCAGCCUCCUCAGCUGGAAGAGGACCAGAGGGCUUGGCAGCGGCUGGAACAGCUCAUCCUUGGACAGCUGGAAGAGCUGAAGCAGCAGCUGGAACAUCAGGAGGAGGAGCUGGGCCAGCUGCGCCUGGGAGUGGGAGCAACAGACUCAGAGAAAAGGGUUCAGCAUCUGACUCUGGAGAACAAAGCCCUGAAACAGAGCUUGAGCCUUACUCGGGAUCUCCUGCUGCACUGGGGCCCUGCCCCCCACACCAGGGCCCCCCAGGAGAAGGCAGAAGCCCUGCUGGAGCUUCGGGGGCGGCUUCAAGAAGCCCAGGACACCACGGAAGCCCUCCGAGUCCAGCUAGGGGUGCAGGAGGUGCAGCUGCAGGGCCUUCAGGGGGCCCUCCGGCAGCUCCAGCAGGAGACUGAGCAGAACUGCAGGAGGGAGCUGCAGCAGAUGCGAGGGCAGCUGGCAGGACUUCGUGCUCGCAUGGCCAGCUUGCGUCAGGGCUGCGGGGACCUCCGGGGACUCGUCAGCACCUUUACCCAGAGCUGCCAGGGUUCUCUGAGUGAAGCCCAGGGACAGGUUUCCUGGGCUCUGGGGGCACUGUCAGCUGAUGGGGCUGGGACUCAACUCGCGGAGGCGCCGCAGGGGCCUCUCCCCGGAUGCCCAGGGCGGCUGCUGGAGCUCAAAGGAAACAUUCGUGUGCUGUGUCGCCUGAGGCCAGGGACACCCUCCAGCCUGGUGAGCCUAGAGCCCGGCCCAGGUGGCACUGUUACUACCUGCUAUCGAGGGCACCAGCGUCGCUUCCGCCUAGACUGGGUCUUCCCUCCGCACGCCAGCCAGGAGGAGGUCUUCAGGGAGCUGGAGUCUGCUGUGCUGUCCUGCCUCGGGGGCUACAGUGUCUGCAUUUUCACCUACGGUCAGACAGGGACGGGGAAGACCUACAGCAUGGAGGGCCCGCCUGAGGACCCCGGCAUCGCUCCUAGGGCACUGCAGUCACUGUUCCAGGAGAUGGGCACAGGCGGGCAGCACCGCGUGACCCUCAGCAUGGUGGAGAUCUACAAUGAGGCUGUCAGGGACCUCCUUGCCCCAGGGCCUCCCCAGCGCCUGGCAGUGAGGCAGGGCCCAGCAGGCCAGGGGGGAGUCCAGGUGGCUGGCCUCACCCACUGGGACGUGCCCAGCCUGGAGUCUCUGCACCAGAUGCUGAGCCUGGGGAGGAGCAACCGGGCCACCGCCGCCACAGCCAUGAACCAGCGCAGCUCUCGCUCGCACGCCCUGGUCACGCUGACACUGCGCACAGCGUCCCCAUCGCGCGGUACCGGCACCGCAGGCACGCUGCACCUCGUCGACCUGGCGGGGUCCGAGCGCGCCUGGAAGGCGGGGGCGGCCAGUACAUCUCAGGAAGACCGGGACGGCGCCCAGCGUCUACGGGAGGCUCGGACCAUCAACCGCUCACUGCUGGCGCUGGGAGGCGUGAUGGCCGCGCUGCGGGCCCGCCGGCCCCACGUGCCCUUCCGCGACUCGCAGCUCACAAGGCUGCUGCAGCCGGCGCUGGGCCCAGGCGCCACGGCGGUGCUGCUGCUGCAGAUCUCCACGCGGCCCGAGGAUCUCGGCGAGACGGUGUGCUCGCUCAAGUUCGCCGAGCGUGUGAGCCGAGUGGAGCUGGGGCCGGCCAGGCCCCUCAGGGCCCCCCGCUCCGGGACACCCUCCUCCUUGAGCACCGACACACCACUCUCCGGGACCCCCUGCACCCCCACGCCGUCACCCGGCAGCCCUCCAAGCCCCGGCUUAGACAGCGGCUCCAGCUCGGCCCUGGCACCGCCGGAGGACCUGCCUUCCUAG